AUGGACGUCCCUGUGCCCGGCGCGACCCACCACCUCGGCCACACCGACGCACCCUCGGGCUCGUCGUCGUCGCUCCUCACCAAGGUCAAGCGCCAGUUCAGCCUCACCAAGAAGCCCAGCACCUCCAGCAACAGCUCGACGACGAGCCUCAACUCGCUCAGGGAGCACCUCCCAAAGAGCCUCGGCGGAACCCCGAGGAGUGCACCAGACGGCACCGCGUCGAGCGUCCUCGGCGGCUCAGACGUCGACGAGCCGACCGCCUACACGAUCGCACCCCCAGAUCAUCGCGAGGCGAGCCCUGGGGACCAUUAG